AUGAAUUUCAAGUCGAGGGUUGUUAUGUUGUUGGCGGUAUUGUUGUGGUGUUUUAUGGUUGGUUUAUGUGUGGGUCAGUUAGUUUCGAAUAAUACAAGUGUGGAGACGAAAUCUGCAAGUUAUGAGAUUUCAGUUCUGGUGGAAGAGGAAUCUACCACAACAAAGGCAGUGGAUAUCCUUCUGGAAUACCCACUUCAAAUGGCUCUAUCAAAUGAUUCAAGUUUCAUGUACUUUAUUCAUGAUGUAAAAACUAUCGGAAAGGUUUCGAUGAACACUAAUUUUUAUGAAGUUGUUUAUUCGGAUAUUGGUGUUCAAUGGGCAGGUAUUGCCGUAACCCCCAACAAUAUUAUCUAUUAUUCUGAUGAAUAUUUAAAUGCAAUUCACAAAUUUCAAAAUGGAGUUUCGAACAAGGUAGUAGGGACCAGUAUAACUGGUUUGUACAAUGGAAAUAAUCUGAAAGGAACUCUAACAGCAUUGAAUCGUCCUAUUGGUUUAUUCUACACUGAAAUAUUCUCUAGCCAGGGAGAAUUAUAUUUUGCAGACGAAUCCAACUCAUUGAUUCGAAAGUUGGUGAUUGCAAAUGGAACUGUUUCGAAUGUUGCAGGAAAUGUUGUAGCGGGAUAUAGUGGAGAUGGUGGAGAAGCAACUUCUGCUUCAUUGAGAUAUCCUUCCAGUGUUUAUGUGAGCAAUUCAGGUGAAAUUUAUAUUGCUGACACGUUUAAUUGUGUGAUUAGAAAGGUUUCGAAUUUGGGAAUUAUUGGAACAGUUGCUGGUGUAGGAGGGCAAUGUGGAUACAAUCAAGACUCGAUAAAUGCAACUGAAUCAAAACUAAAUUUUCCAACAGGUAUUACAGUUUCGGAUAGUGGAGAUCUCUAUAUUGUGGAUAAAGGAAAUCAUAGGAUAAGGAAAGUAUCUGCUACUACUGGAUUGAUUGAAACAAUUGUUGGAGGAGGAUUCAAUACAGGAUAUGGUAUAUCAGGAACUUCUGCUCAACUCAAUAAUCCAACUCAAAUUUUGUUGAAUAAUCAAAACGAAUUAUUUAUUUCUGAUACGAAUCACCACAGGUUAUUGAAAUAUUCUAAUGGAAUAGUUACUUUGGUUGCAGGUUAUUCGAAUGUUGAAGAAUCAACCUCUCCAAUAGAUAACGUAGAGCCAACAAUUGCCAAACUUAAAUAUACCUAUGGAGUGGCCACCAAUUCAAAGAAUGAAGUAUUCUUCUCUGAUGCCUAUAAUCACAGAAUUGUAAAGAUUGAAAAUGGAGUACUAAAACAAGUGGCAGGAAAAGGAGUUGCAGGUUUCGACAAUAAUAUUGAUGGAUUACUGGCCACCGAUGUUUCACUCAAUUACCCAUACGAAAUUGCAAUUCAACCCUCCACACAAGAUUUAUUCAUUUCAGAUACACAUAAUCAUCGGAUUUUGAGAGUUGAUUCAACAAGUGGACGAAUUUAUAGAUUCAUGGGAAGUGGAAUUCCUGGAUAUAAUGGUGAAGGAAGUGAUUUACUGAAUUUACAAUUGAAUAAUCCACAAGGUUUGAGUUUUUCUGGAGAUAUUUUAAUUGUUUCAGAUACUUUCAAUCAUAGAAUUCGAAAAGUCUUCAAUUCAACCAGUUCCACCAUUUUAGGAACUCAAUUCGGAGGCAAAGAACCACCUAGCACUUUAGUUUUAUCUGAUAUCAUGUUGAAAUUUCCAAGAUUUGCUCUUCUGAAAGGGACAAUAUUGGCUGUGGCUGAUACGAAAAACUAUUUAAUUAGAGAUUUUGACAUUUCAACACAAUCAGUAUACGGAAACUCUCAAACUCUUAGCACUAUCCAUACCCCAACCUCAAUUGUUUAUACCAAUGCCAAUGAAAAGUAUUAUGUCAAUGCAUUUGGACACUAUGUGCUAGAUAUAAGCAUAAAACAACAAAAGCUUAUUGGAACAUUAACUAAGGGGUUUUUAGGAGAUUAUCAAUCAGGAACACUUGCGAGAAUGAGAUAUCCACACUCAUUUUGUUUGGAUAAUAAUGGAGAUUAUAUAAUAGGAGAUACUUUGAAUAGUGUCAUUCGUAAAUACUCGACCAAUUCGACUAUUUUCACAACAAUAGCAGGAUUUGGAACAAGGAGACUUCCUGACAGAAUCGUUAACGAUCCAAAAGGAAAGAAGAUAAUUGUGGGAGUUUCAUUGGCUUCCACAGGUGAUUUUUAUGUUACUGACAUUACUUACAAUAGAAUUAUCAAAGGAAAUGUAGCUCAAAAAACAUUCAACACCUAUGCAGGUCCUUUCCUUGGAGGAAUUAAUAUGGCUGAAGGAUCCAUCUCUUCAUUCAAGAUGCAGACACCGACAGCUGUUUUUUCACAUAAUGAUAAUCUCUAUGUAAUUGACAAUUCACGAUUGUUGAAAUAUUCGAAAGAUGGAAAUGUGAAAACACUAUUCAGUUCAUUCACAAUCGUCAAAGAUUUCAUUCAUGUGGAUUCAAGUGGAAAGAUUUACUUUAUGGAUGCUGUUCAAAGCACAACAACUUAUCUUUAUGUCGGUUUCGAAAAUAACUUUCAGGUUUAUUCAGGAAAUGGAACUGAUGAUACUUCAGAUGGAAUUGAUCGAUCUCUUGUUGGGAUUUACAAACCAGCUGGGUUAUUCUUCCAUGAACAAAAAUCAGAACUCUACUUUUCAGAUAUCUACCGAAUUAGAAAAUUCUCAAAAGAGGGAACUAUUUCAACCAUUGCUGGACUGAAAGGAAGUAAUGGAUAUUCUGGAGAAAAUGUCAAUGCUGCAUCAUCUACAUUGCUGACAAGUCCCAAAUCCAUCUUUGUCAAUACAAUAGGAGAGGUCUUUUUUAUAGAAUUGAGUCGAGUUAGGAAAAUAUCAACCAAUGGAACACUCUUUACUAUAGCAGGUAAUGGAUCAAAUAUUUUAUCUUCCCCAACAAUGUAUCCAACAAAUACUAGCAUUGGAACUCCAAUCUCUCUUUCAUUCAAUUCGAAAACUGGUGUUUUUGCCAUGAUUGAGUUGAGAAAACGAGUUACCUUAAUGAGUCCAUACUGCUCAGAUAAUUUUUCUGUAUCUUCAAUUGAUGCAACAAUUUGCAUUCCAAUUUGUUUUGGAAAAACUGAAGAUGGAGCUUGUGGAGGAGCCAAUCAAGGACAAUGUAUUUCUCCAAAUACUUGCUCCUGUCAAAAGAAUUGGAAUGGAACUCAGUGUGAAAUCAAUUCAAAUACAUCUGUGGAGGAAUCAACAACAAGAAUCAUUUUAAUAGCAACCCUCGUGCCCAUUCUCUCAAUUCUAUUGAUUUUGGUACUAAUUGCUAUAAUAAUUGUCAUUGCUGUGGUGGUGCUAUGUAAGAAAAAGAAGAAACAAUCUAAUAGUUCCAUUGCUACAGUUUCAGAUGUAGAAUUGAAAAAUUCAAACCUUUCCACAUUGGAUAUUUCGACCACAACUGGAACUUUCUCAGAUUAUCCUGACGAGGUUUCGUAUUUCUUUAAAACUUCAACUAAUGUUAGAUCUGUUAAAUCCGGAUCAAGCUCAAGUAUAACAGAUGCUUUUAAUCCGCUUUCAAGAUAUUCUAAUCUGCAAAAGAUUGGAGCUGGAGGAUUUGGAUCAGUAUUUAAAUGUUUAGAUCAAAACAAUAAUCCUAGAGUUCUUAAAGCUAUGAGAUUUAACUCAUACUCUGAAUUGAGUUUAUUUAUGAAGGAAGGUCUCCAAUUAUUGAAUAUGAAUCAUCCAAAUAUUGUCAAGGUGAAUGAUCUUUUUAUUGAUCAGGAAGAACUUCUAUUCAUUGAAAUGGAUUACUAUGAGAAGGGAGAUUUGAGCUAUUUACUUAAAAACCCUGAGUUUUGUACGGAGGAAAUUUUGAGACAAAUCAUUGAACAAAUGGGCAGGGCCCUCGAUUUUAUUCACAAUGAAAAGAAACUAAUUCACAGAGAUAUUAAGCCGUCCAAUAUUUUUAUUAAGGAGAUUUCCAAUACUAACAUUCAAAUUGUUUUGGCAGAUUUUGGCUUGGCCAGAGACAAUAGCACUUCAAACAAAUCAUACGCUGGAACGCCAUUGUAUUGCUCUCCUGAAUUAGGUCUUGGAUCGAAUUAUGGACCAGAGACUGAUAUUUAUUCAUUGGGAGUGACUCUUUAUCAACUUAUUUCAAAAGAUGUAAGCACCUCCAUUAGUCACUAUUUCCUGACAAAGAAUGAAGAACAAGUGGAAGAGAUUUUGAAAAAUCAAAUGAAUACUGGUUCUGGCAACAAAUAUUCUGCCGAGUUGAUAACACAAAUUACAGAAAUGGUUAGACGGGAUCCAAGUAAAAGACCCAAACCACAAGAUUUUUGUAAUCACAAAUAA